AUGGCUUCAGUUGCUGUCAAUAAAUUUCAAAAACACAGAAAAGUUCACCAUGAUAGUCGUGGAGUGAUCGGAAGACCACAAUAUAGUGCUGCUGCAGCACCUCAAUAUGGCGCUGCCGCGAGACCCCAAUAUGGCGCUGCCGCGAGACCCCAAUAUGGCGCUGUCGCCAGACCCCAAUAUGGCGCUGCUGCAAGACCCCAGUAUGGUGCUCUUGCAAGAUCCAUUGCACCUGCAGCUGGUUCAGGAUUUGGAUACGGCUCUCAUGGAGGAUUCAAUAAUCAAGCCACCAUGAACAUCUAUGUUCCGUUGGCGCCAGAAUUUAGCAGAGCUUAUGAACAGUUUAUGAAUGGUGGCACGGGAGGUAUGCCUGUUGGUGGAAUGCCCAUGGGAGGAAUGUCUAUGGGAGGAAUGCCUGUUGGUGGAAUGCCCGUAGGCAGUUCAAUUAUUGGUAGAACACCCAUGGGUGGUAUGUCUAUGGGCAGAUUUCCUACUGGUGGUAUGUAUGCCGGUGGAAUGCCUACGGGUGGCAUGGCUAUGGGUGGUAUGCCUGUUGGUGGAAUGCCCAUGGGUGGUAUGUCGAUGGGUGGUAUGCCAAUGGGAGGAAUGUCGAUGGGUGGUAUGCACGCUGGUGGUAUGCCAAUGGGAGGAAUGUCGAUGGGCGGUUCGCCUAUGGGCGGUCAAUUAGGUGGAAUACAAGGAGUUCCAAUCGGAUUCGGUGUAACAACUAGUUAG